ACUUUAUUUUGAAGGUCACAGCCGGAUGCAGUGUGUGUGUGUGUGUGUGGGUGUGGGUGUGUGUCCUGAGCGCCACAGUGAAUGUUGAGCGUCGGUGAGUGUGAGCGGACACACACAGAGAGAUGUCCCCGCUGCUGCUGCUCCUGCUCGGCCUGCUGGCCCUGAUCCUCUGCGUCCUCCGCUCCAGGACCAGAAGAGACGGUGAACCUCCGCUCAUUAAAGGCUGGAUUCCUUUCAUUGGGAAGGCUCUGGAGUUCGGACAAGAUGCCUACACAUUUCUGGAAGAACAGAAGAAGAAGUGCGGAGACAUUUUCACAGUACAGAUCGCAGGUAAAUACAUGACCUUCAUCAUGGACCCUCUGCUGUAUCCAAACAUCAUCAAACAUGGCCGACAGCUGGACUUCCACGAGUUCUCCGGUAAGGUGGCGCCCGUCACCUUCGGCUACCCGCCCGUCAUCAGCAGGAAGUACCCCGGCCUGCAGGAGCAGAUCAGCCGCUCCUUCCAGCUCCUCCAGGGAGACAACCUGCCCGCCCUGACAGAGAGCAUGAUGGGUAACCUGAUGCUGGUGCUGCGUCAGGACCACCUGAGCGAGCAGCCGCAUGGCGAGGGCGGCUGGAGGAGCAGCAGCAUGUACGAGUUCUGCAACUCCAUCAUGUUCGAGGCCACUUUCCUCACCAUGUACGGCAGGCCGGCGUCCGCCAGCCGCCACAGCGGGAUGGGCGUGCUGAGGGAGGACUUUGUCCGAUUUGACAACAUGUUCCCGCUGCUCAUCGCUCAGAUCCCCAUCUGGCUGCUGGGACAGACCAAGGCCAUCCGAGAGAAGCUCAUCAACUACUUCCUGCCCCACAGGAUGUCGUACUGGUCCGACAUGUCGGAGUUCAUCAGGACGCGGUCGGAGUUGUUUGAGCAGUACGACGCGCUGAGGGACGUCGAUAAAGCAGCUCAUCACUUCGCCAUCCUGUGGGCGUCUGUGGGGAACACCGUCCCCGCCACCUUCUGGUCCAUGUACUACCUGGUGAGUCACCCCGAGGCUCUGCAGGUCAUCCGCCAGGAGAUCCACGACGUCCUGAAGCUCAGCGGAGUCGAGUUCAGCAGCGAUAGAGACGUGACGUUUGGCAGAGAGCAGCUGGAGCAGCUGGUUUAUCUCGAGAGCGCCAUCAACGAGAGCCUCCGCCUGUCCUCGGCCUCCAUGAACAUCCGCGUUGCUCAGGAGGACUUCAGCCUGAAGCUGGACGGCGAGCGCUCGGUGGCGGUCAGGAAAGGAGACUUCAUCGCCCUCUACCCUCAGAGUAUGCACAUGGACCCCGAGAUCUACGAGGAGCCGCAGUCGUUCCGGUUCGACCGCUACAUGCAGGACGGCCAGCUGAAGACAGACUUCUACAAAGACGGUCAGAGGCUGAAGUAUUACCUCAUGCCGUUUGGCUCCGGCUCGUCCUUGUGUCCCGGACGAUACUUCGCCAUCAACGAGAUCAAACAGUUCCUGUGUCUCCUGCUGCUCUACUUCGACCUGCAGCUGGAGGCGGGGCAGGACAGAGUCACUCUGGACGCCAGCAGAGCCGGACUGGGCGUCCUGCUGCCCUCCAAGGACGUCCUCUUCCGCUACAGACUGCAGAGCGUCUGACCUGGUGUGUGUGUGUGUGUGUGUGUGUGUGUGUGUGUGUGUGUGUGUGUGCGUGCGUGUGUGCGUGUGCGCGUGCGUGCGUGUGUGUGUGUGUGUGUGUGUGUGUGUGUGUGUGUGUGUGUGUGUGUGUGUGUGUGUGUGUGUGUGUGUGUGUGUGUGUGUGUGUGUGUGUGUGUGUGUGUGUGUGUGUGCGUGUGUGUGUGUGUGUGUGUGUUCACUGCGGCGAGCUUCAGAUUCUAUUUUUAUAACCCUGACACAGAUUAUAAGUGUGUAGUUAUAGAGUGGAAACACUGUGACAACAUGAGGGAGUCUCUCAUGUCGACCUGAUCGGACUCGACCUGACUUGAAUUGACAGGACUCAGCGUGACCAGAAGGGACUUGAUCUGAUGCAACGCGACUCAACCAUAUUCAACUUAAUUCAACCUGAAAGGAUUCGGAAAGAUUUGAAGAGACAUGUCACAACUCAGCCUGACAUGAUGCAAGUUGACUUGAAGAGACUCGAUCUGAUUCAAAUUGACAUGACUUUACUCAACCAAACUUGACACAACUUGACCUGAAGGGACUUGACCUGACACAGACUGACAUGACUUGACUCAACCUGGCAUGUCUCAGUGUGACACGACAAGAACCAACCACUCUCGACGCAACUUGAACUGAAAGGACUUAUUCUGACUCUGAUAGACAUGAAAUGACUCGACCUGAUGUAACUCGUCCUGAUGUGACUCGACUGGACUUUAGGAUCACAGUGUGUAAAUGAAAACACUUGGUGAAGCCCACAGGUCAGUGUUUCGAUAAUAACAUGAACGUGUCCCAUGUCAGCAGUCACUUCCUGUUUGUCCUCACAAACUCAAACUUGAGACAGACUAAAUCAUGUGGACGUAUGGACCAGAGACUCGAGACACUGAGGACAUGAGGACCUGAGGACAUGAGGACCGACUGUCUUUAACGGUCUUCAUCAAUGUACCUUGUUUCGUUAAUCAGUGUCCUAACCGUGAGUCGUCCCUCUGGGGACAGACGAUUGUCCUGAACACUGAUCUCAGCUGAUAGAGACACUAAACUGCAGUAACCUUAAAGGAACAUUACAAAGUUUUAUCUUCAUGUUUUUAAUCAUGUCUUUAGUUUUUACAGAUAGGAGCAGUCCAAGAUUUCACUGAGACACGUCUCAGUCACGUUUCAUCUGUCCCCGAAUUUAGCUUAGCUUAGCACAGAGACUGAAAGCAGGGGGAAACUGUUAGCCUAGCUUAGCACAGAGACUGAAAGCAGGGGGAAACUGUUAGCCUAGCUUAGCACAGAGACUGAAAGCAAGAGAAAACUGUUAGCCUAGCUUAGCACAGAGAUUGAAAGCAAGAGAAAACUGUUAGCCUAGCUUAGCACAGAGACUGAAAGCAGGGGGAAACUGUUAGCCUAGCUUAGCACAGAGACUGAAAGUAAGAGAAAACUGUUAGCCUAGCUUAGCACAGAGAUUGAAAGCAAGAGAAACUGUUAGCCUAGCUUAGCACAGAGAUUGAAUGCAAGAGGAAACUGUUAGCCUAGCUUAGCACAGAGACUGAAAGCAAGAGGAAACUGUUAGCCUAGCUUAUCACAAGACUGAAAGCAGGGGGAAACUGUUAGCCUAGCUUAGCACAGAGACUGAAUGCAAGAGGAAACUGUUAGCCUAGCUUAGCACAGAGACUGAAAGCAAGAGGAAACUGUUAGCCUAGCUUAGCACAGAGACUGAAUGCAAGAGGAAACUGUUAGCCUAGCUUAACACAAGACUGAAAGCAGGGGGAAACUGUUAGCCUAGCUUAGCACAGAGACUGAAAGCGGGGUCAGCCCUAUGUUUCCAAUAGGCAUCCUCCUUCCUUAACGUUUCCUCCAUGAGCCUCUGACGCCUCCAGAGGGCUGGAAAGUGACUCCAAGCAUCCCAGGAGCCCCCCUCUCUAUGCCAACCCGGCUUCCCAGAGGUAUUGAUGCGCUGCAAACUAUGGUUUGCGUCCAGCUGAUCUGACCGGAAGCUAGUCAAUGCGAGGCCUCUGUGCUACUUAGUUUAGUUUGUUUAUUUAAAAGGACAGUGUGCACUUACAUUAAAUGUUUGCAAUAAAGAAAGAGAGGGUCGCACCAGAUUUAGCUAAAAGCUACAUUCCAUCUGUAGUCCAUUGCUACUGGAUAAUAGGCUGGGUGUAACUGGCUACCAAAGUGGGAGAAAGGGGAUAAAAUCUGCUACAAAUUUAUGAAAAAGGAAAUGUGGGAACACAGGGCUGUGGGAACAUAGAGCUGUGGGAACACAGAGCUGUGGGAACAUAGAGCUGUGGGAACACAGAGCUGUGGGAACAUAGGCACACUCCCCUGAAAACGGGGAAACUGUUAGCUUAGCACAAAGACUGAAUUUCAGAGGAAACUGUUAGCCUAGGUUAGCACAGAGACUGAAAGCGGGGGAAACGGUUAGCCUAGCUUAGCACAGAGACUGAAAGCGGGGGAAACAGUUAGCCUAGCUUAGCACAGAGACUGAAAGCGGGGGAAACGGUUAGCCUAGCUUAGCACAGAGACUGAAAGCAGGGGGAAACGGUUAGCCUGGCUCCCUCCAAACAUUUCAGGUCUCCAUGAGCAGCGUGACUGAAAAACUCCAGGAGUCGUAUUCACAAAGCUUCCUCGUGCUAAGAGUCGCUCCUAGUGACGAAAUUCUAAGAAAAUUCUUAGAAUUGUGACGUUUUCUUAGAAAUUCCACUUAAAGUUAAGACGAGGUCCUUGUAAAGAUGAAAGUUUUUCACAGAGCAUCUCAGACCUUAAGAGAGCUCCUAAGGUGAGAAACUGUUGGAGCAGGAGGAGGAGUUUAAGGGUUUCUGAAUCAGAGGAGAAAAUGGUGGAAACAGAGAGGUCAGAGAAACGGUCUCUAAACACAAAAUGACAGUGAGUCAGUGAAACACUACAGAUGAGAUCGUGCAGGGAGAAUGUUUGUGGUCCAUCUCAUUUGGGAUACGCACACAUUUCACACCUGACAAAAUAACACUAUAACACCAGAAAUAAAAUGAUCACAAUAUUAAGAUAUUUGAAAAACCCGUCAGAGCAGCAGUGAUGACUUUUGUCUCCUCAGUGAGGUCACAGUUUCUGUCCCUUCCUCGCUCAGAGUCGCUCUGAGAACUUUCCUAAAUCCCUCCUGAGCUCAGACUCCUUACUGACAGUCAGGAGCUCUGUGAGAGAGUUCUCAGGACGUUUGUGAGUACGACCCCAGGAGAUUAAUUUUUAGCCAAUCAGAUGGCAGCUGUAAAACAUAAUAUCCACAUAAUGAAAAUGUUUUUUGAGUCAUUUAUUUUUUUAAGAUUUUUAUUUUAGAAAAUUGUAUAAUGUGAAUUAUAAACACUGAAUCAUUCCAUGUCAGCAUCGUUAAUAAUAAACACUUUUUUACUCUGAA